CCAUCCACUAAUUAUUAUUAUUUCAGAUUGACGAAUGGCCAAGCCUAUUUUUUUAUUUUAAUUUUUCUACGAUUUUAUUAAUUAAUAUUGUAAUUUGAGAAGACAAAUUAUCAAAUAUGGUUGUCAAAAUAUACAUAAGUGGUAUUUCCGGAAACAAGGAGGUGAAGAAGAGACAACAACGUGUAUUGAUGAUACUAGAUUCUAAAAACAUAAAAUAUGAUGUCAUUGACAUAACGGAACCAGGAAGAGAGACUGACAAAGAUUUCAUGCAAAACAAUUCUAAGUCGAAUGGUGGUACAGUGAGCGAUCCAAAUCCGCGUUCGCCUUUACCUCCUCAGAUUUUCAACGAUGAAGAGUACUGUGGGGACUAUGAUCAGUUUGAUCUAGCAAAUGAGGUAGACACUUUGGAGCAAUUCUUAAAAGUGGAAGUGCCACCUGAAGACCCACCAGCACCAGAGACUGAACCGGAAAAGGUGGUUAAUGGAGAUGUUGAAAAGCCAGCUGAAGAUACCGAAUCAAAAGAAAACACACAAGAUUCAGAAGCUGGUGAUGGCGAUAAAGCAGAUGAAAGUGCUGAGGCUGAGGUCAAAGAGAAGACUCCCAGUAGGGAGGCCACUCCUGCUGACAGGGUCGCCUCAAAAGAACCCUCUCCUGCCAAGGAAGAUGAUGAAGAACAACCUGCUAAGGAAGCAUCUCCAGCCAAGGAGGCCUCGCCAGCAAAGGAGGGCUCUCCAGCUAAGGAAGCAUCUCCAUCCAAGGAGGCGUCUCCAGAGAGGCAAAAGUCUGUUGAGAAAGAAGAAACCCCAAUCGAAAAAGAAAGUUCUCCAGAAAAAGAAUCCCAGGUAGAGUCUAAGCCAUCGACAAAGGAGAAUACUCCAGAAAAAGAUGAAUCUGUCAAUGAAAAUGGUACUGUAAGUUCUCGUGAGCAAUCUGAGGAGAAAGAAGCCACAGAUGUUGUGGAAAGCAAAAAAGAUAACCCUUCAGAAGCUCUAAUCGCAAGCGAGCAAGCUGCUUCUGCGGAAUAAACGACUGGACUUUAAUCUUUGCUUCUCAGCUCAAAUUAAGCCCCAUUAGCACUAAGCGAGCACUAUUCAUUAAGUCUGUUCUGUUAUUUAUGAUGCAUCUCUCACUUCUUUGAUAUAAUUAGUCAUUGUAAAUAACACAAAGAAGAGUUUGUUGAGGACUUGUUUUAUGUGGCGAUGUACAGUUACAAAAGUGGCCUAUUUACACGAAGAUGUCAUUAUCAUUAGAUAUAUUAAUCAAUUUUAUAUGAAGUUCCAGAAUAAGAUUUCUAUUUAACAUUUUUAUCUUUCAUUAAGGCUUGUAUUAUUUUAAAGUAUUAAUAAUAUUCUUUUUUUUUACACAUUAAUGGACUUUUCUUUAGUCAAAAUUUUAUUUAUAAAAAGUAUUAAAAGUUAUUUAUACUUGUUAGAUUAAAAUGCUGUUAAGAGUGCUCUAUCACUGUUUU